UUCAUUUUUUUCAAUACUCCCUUCAUGCUUUGCUUCCUUGCUCUCCCUGAAACCAAAAGCUUAUUCUCCGCCGUUCACCUGCCGGAACUCCGCCGGCAAUGGAAUUCUCGGACGAGUGGAAGUCUCUAUGGCCAAUAUCUUCAUCGUAUUCGCCACCACUUCUACUCUCAGAUUAUUCACACGAAGAAAAAUCCUCCUCAAAACGACGCCGUAUUGAGAGUCCAAUUGGCCCUUUGAUUUUCAAGCCAUGUGCAGAAACCCUAAGACUACUCCUCCGGUCCCCAUUGUUAUCAACUCGGCUUCCUCCUCCAGUUCCUGAGUUUUCUCUACCAAGAUUUCUACAAACUUCAAGUAGUACACUUCCUUCUACAGCUUCUUCAAUUGCUACACAGUUUAUUACUCCACAUGUUUCUGAAUCAAUUCACAACUUUAAUGCAAUCCAAUUGCUCCCUUUCCCUAAUAUUUGUGAAACUAACAAACCCAAUUCGGUUCUUGGAUUUUUUCCAACUGGGGAAAAUUAUGACCAAGUUGGGUAUUUUAUACUAUGUUUUGAGGAUAAACAAGUUGUGGUUAAGAAAUUUAAGAAUGGGAAAUAUUUGUUAGUGCAUAAUCACAAGUUGAAUUGUAGGAUUUUGAGGUUAGUAGUGAACCCAGUUACUGUUAGUGAAAUUUAUGAUAGUGCUUGUUUAUCUACUUUUGGGUAUUUAUUGGUUUGUACUUUGUAUUCUGUUCAUUGGUAUAGUGUGAAGAUGGGGGUUAAAGGUGUUGGCAGUGUUACGGUAGAUUAUGUGGGUAGUGCUGAUAGAAACUUGUUUAAGGGUUGUGCUGUUUCUUAUGCUUGUUGGAGUCCACAUUUGAGAGAAGAGUGUGUUGUGUUGUUGGAAAAUGGGAACUUGUACUUGUUUGAUAUGGGUUCUUGCCUGAGGAGUCGGACUUUGUUUGCUUGUGAUGUAUUGCAAGGGAAGAAAUUGCAGGUUUUGUGGGAUAAGUUGGAUAGAGAUGGAGAGUGGCUAAGCUGUGAAUUUAGCUGGCAUCCGAAGAUUUUGAUUGUUGCGAAUUCAAGGGCUGUGUUUUUGGUGGAUUUGAGGUCAGAGAAGUGCAAAGUCUGCACCUUGCUAAAGAUUGAGGCAGUGUCGUUGGGUAAAACUGAUAGAUUUCUUGCACUCUCUAGAGUGGAGUCUGACCCCUUUUGUUUUGCUGCAGUUUCUGGUCGCAUGCUUCUUCUUUGUGAUGUGAGGAAGCCAUUAAUGCCAUUGUUGCGGUGGGUACAUGGCCUGAAUAAUCCAGGUUACAUGAUUGUUUUAAGAUUGUCAGACCUUAGGUCAAGCUCAAUAGAUGAUAAAUGGGCAUGGGCUACCGAAUCAGGGCGUUGCAUUUUGGUAGGAUCAUUUUGGGACAGUGAAUUUGCUCUAUUCUGCUAUGGGCCAGGUAGCAAUCACGGCCGUGAGUUUCCUGAAAUAUCGAGGCUCAGUAAAUCGGUAUAUGCUUGGGGACAGCCUUCAGGCCUCUCACUUUCUGGUCGUGAUUGUUGUUGUGAAAGUUGUCUUAUGAGAGUAGAUUUCUCUAAAGACAUUCUUCCUGAUUGGAUUAAUUGGAGGCAAAAGGAAGUCAUUGUUUUGGGGUUUGGCAUUCUCAACAAUGGCCUUUCUAUUCAAUCAGAUGAUACUAAUAAUUCUGUUGGGUUUUUGCUUGUAAGGUUAAUGUCAUGUGGCAGUUUAGAAGCUCAGAGAUACACUGCAGCACGGGACUCUGAAGAAAGGUCAGAAUCACCUGAUGGAGGGAAAUCUCUGUGCUCUGAAAAUAACCUUCUGUAUGAUAUGAGUAUUGGAGAAUUGGAAUUAAAAAAGAAACCUUACUACCUGAACCUUGAUUUUCUAAAAGGGUAUCUAAAUGGAACACUAACUAAAAUCCUUAGUAGGAAACACAUAGACAACCAAAAGGAUUCUGAAGAAAAUCCAGCAGAGAUCCACCUGCAAAUAUGUCAGAAGCUUAAAGAAUGUGGCAUCACAAGACUGAGGCCAUCUCAAAACGUUUUUGAUGUUAUCAGAGGUAUCAGCUUUCCCGCAAGCAUUUAUGAGAUUGCUUUAGAAAGCAUUUGCGCCAGUUUGCCGAAUACUCUUCUGGGGCUGUCUUUUUCUGCCUUCUCAAGAUUCCCUGAAGUUCACCUGAAACCAAAGAAAGGUUCUCUAGAAUUGUUUGAUAUUUUGGACAAACUAUAUCCACUGCCUUUUCCCUUGCAUAAAUGUUGCAUUGAUGAGACAUCGGAAAAAGUUCAGUCUCCUAGUUCUUCUUCUGCUCCCGUUCUUCCUCCUCCUUUUCUGGUGGCUCUUAAUAGCCUCCAAAUAGCAGAAAGAGAUAUAUUGCCACUUGAUGCUGUACUUAGGCUUCAGAGUGAUAAAGUUAUGAAGGUGGCCCAUGAAAUCGGUCUGUCACACAUUGGUACUGAGCCUGGUGAUGGAUAUUCAGUUUCCCUUGAUCCAGAUACUGAAUGCCCUAGCAAUGUGAUUGAAAAAAUGAAGCCUCUCUGUUUGCAUGAACCCGUGGCAUUCUCUGACUGUAAUUUUUCUAAAAUGGACUCUGUCGGAGUAGAACCUGAUAAAAGAUUUAGAUCCUUCAUCUAUAAAAAACACCAAGAACCUGUCUCAAGUACUAGCAAAGAGAUGAUAGGAGUGGAGUUGUUCGAUGAGGAGUGCCCAGUAGAGCUCAAAUUCAAUGAUAGUUCCAUCAUGCUGGAGGCAAAUGAGCUGGAAACAUUUAAGUUGUUGAAACAAAAGGACUUAGGUUUUCAGAAAAGCUUUCAGUUGUAUCAAGAGUAUUUAAGUGGUUGAAAGAGGAUUGGUUCAGUGAAGCACUGUUAGGGGUAUCCGAGUAUUUAAGUGGUUGAAAGAGGAUUGGUUCAGUGAAGCACUGUUAGGGGUAUCCAAUCUUCUCCAAGAAAUGGCUAUUACAGAUUGAGAUGGCAGGUUGAACAUCAAAGAGUUUGACAAUGAAUUUUUUGGAUUUCGUGCCAGCGAAGUUGUAGCUCAUUGUGCCCUGAAGCUGAUAUCCAGAGAACACAUUGGCUAGAUUCUGUAACUCAAUAUGACAAUUCUGAGAUAUUUAAAGGGGGGAAAACCAGGAUGCCACUGUCGCGGAUCAUUGGACAGAGCAAGGCUAGACUUUCAGUUUUAGGCAUAACAUAAACUACUGGGAGUUCAACAGUGUUUACAGUCUAAAUCUGACUCUCUUACUUGGAAAAGUGAUGCAAAGGGGAGAUUUAAGGUGAGAGGUUG